AUUCCUUUCCCUCACGACUCAUGCCCGACAAGGCAGGUGCUUAUGGCACUAAAGCCAGUGACACCGACUUCAGAAAGAAAUGGGACAAGGAAGAAUAUGCAGAAAAGGCCAGGAAAAAGGAUUUAGAGGAAAGAGAGCGUAUGCAAGAGAAUGAGGAAAGGUUGAAACAGGGGAAACGGCCUCGGAAAGGCGCCAAAAAGGAUCUACCUAAACCUACAGACCUUAUGAAACAACGAGAAGGUUCACUUGAUUUAGAUAAGAAUCUGAACAAAACUAUGGUCGUCCAGAAUCCUGGUGGAAGAGGUCCAGGACAGCCCGGUUUUUACUGUGAGACUUGUAAUCGAACAUAUAAGGAUACAACGGGAUAUCUUGAUCAUAUCAACAGUAGAGCCCACCUGAGAGCGCUCGGACAGAGUACCAAGGUAGAACGCUCGACACUAGAGCAAGUGCGUGCAAGAAUAGCGUUACUGAGAGAGAGAACGAAAGAGGCUUCAUCUGCCAAAGCCUAUGAUUUUGACAAACGGCUGGCGGAAAUCAAAGCCAAGGAACUAGCUCUUCGGGAGGAGAAAAAGGCCCAGAAGAAAGCUGAAAAAGAGAAGGCUCUGGCUACACAGUUGGCUGAUCCCACUGAGAACAGCGAAAUGGCGCAGAUGAUGGGUUUUGCGGGGUUUGGUUCUUCCAAAAAGUAAACAUUUCAAGAAACAUUUUACACAUGUACUAUAUCGUUAUAGCAGUAGCAGUCUACAUUUACAUAUACAUCUCAUUUGAUUUCCUGCGAACGGUGGAGUUCCGGUCUAACUAGUGUCAACGAGAA